AGGCUGCGGCGCUAGGCAGUCAGUCGCUCUCAGCUACGACAUGCAUAACGCAUGAGAGCCCGAGCGAGAUCUCUCUAACCCGUCUCUCCUCCGCCAACACACACACAUACACACCUACAUAUAUACACUCUCUCUCGCUCUCUCACCCUCUCUCAUACACACACUCUCUCCCCGUACUCUCUCACCCACACGAUCUCACGCACACACCGUAUGUAUACGCACACGUACACUCACGUAAAGAGAGGGACAUCCACCGCCAGGAGGAACACAUACGCACGACAUCAUAUACCUACUCUGCUCCCGCCGAGUCGAGUCUCUUCCGUUCCGCGAUUACCGUCGUACGUCCCUUUACGCCGAGCCGGUCGGUCGCUCGUACGCUGCUCGGUCGUCGGUCCGCGGUGGCAACCCCUAAGUGUAGUCGCGCCGUGCAUCGUCGCCAUCGGUACGCGUCCAACACGCCGGAGCCACGGACACGACGCCAGUGCGGAAUAAUCCUCGCAUCAACGUAGACAUUGUCUUCGUCGUCGGCGUCGUCGUCAAUACGAGAUAGUGAUUAUUCGACAACGAGUUUGACAACCACAUCAGGAAUGAGUGAUCUCGGCUGAAUCGAUAUUCUCGUCGCGAGUGACUUCCCGACUCAAUUGGAGGGUCGGUCUCUACCCACGAGACCCAAGAAGAAAGGUUUUGAUUACGCGUGUGAUUCUCUCGUGCGGGGACGAAUGAUCACGGAAGAUUACAAAAGAGAGGAAGAAGCGAGUUCCGGAGCGCCGCGAUAGAGCGGUGCUCCGAUUUUCGGAGCAGCGCUUCGUUUUCACGAAGACCCAUCCUGUUAGAACAGAAUAAAAUAUUGUGUCUCUCUUCCGUAAGGAUUCGUCGAUGUUUUCGUGUUGUCGCGUACAUGACACAACUCGAGAAACUAUGGACGAAACCUCAUCGAGAGCGACAACCAGCUCCGUCUGGUGUCCGGUGUAUCAUCGCAAACUGUGGAUUGUGCCAGUGAUCAGUGAUUAUUAAGGGAACAGUUUCGCGAAGAUUCAUUCAAGUUUACGUUAUCGUGACGUGACUACUUGACAACAUCUUGAGAUCAACAAAAAGGAAAUUAUUAAUCAUCGUCAAUAUUCUUGUGAAAAAUUUAUUCUCAAAAUUCAUCAACGUUCGGAAGACUCUCUGUGUGCUGGCUAGUAAUAUACACCCCGUGGGCGUUCCACGGCGGGUAAGCACACACCGAGAGGGUUUCGUGAAGCCUCUCGACGAGCGGAAAGUAGAUGGCCGCUACCACGUACAUGCCGGUUAGUAGCGCAGUGUCUACCGACCUGGAUGGUGGUUCGGGUACAACGAUCGGGAUGAACAUCGCCGUUGGUGGCUAUUCCUCGGGCUCGCCCCGCAGCGCCGCCGACGCCGGCGAGAUGAAGUACAUGCCGGCGCCGCAGCAUCAUCACCACCAUCACCAUCACCAUCAGGUGUCAUCUUCACCGUCGCCGAACGGACUUUCCCAUCCGGCGAGUCUCUCGUCGGCGAAUCCCUGGGUGAGCCUGCAACCUGGCAGUGAUCCCUGGGCGGCCUCGAUGGGCAUGCAUCACACUACGCAUCAUCCCCAUCAUCAUCCUCAUCAGGCGAACACGAGCCUCGACGUAAAACCGUUGACCGCGGCCGCGGCGACCGCGGCGGACCAGGGCAUGCACCAUCGGGGUCCGCAUCAAUCCCCGGGUAUGGCUUCGCCGCAUUCUUGGCACGCACCGGUCGUCCCGUCGGCGCACUACAAUCCCAGCGGUGGUGCGGCCUCGCCCACUACACUUCAGCAGUACCAUGCGGCAAUGAACGGUAUGCUGCAUCAACAUCCGCAUCAGCAUCCACAUCAGCUGCACAACCAUCAGACCGGUCUACCUCACCACUUGAGGGACGCGCAUAAUCACAGUCCACCGUCGGGACAUCCCUUGCACGGGGGUCAUCCGCUCGACAGGGAUCACAGCGCAGGUGAGGAGGACACGCCGACGUCGGACGACCUCGAAGCCUUUGCCAAGCAAUUCAAACAACGGCGCAUCAAGCUUGGUUUCACCCAGGCGGACGUCGGGCUCGCGCUCGGUACUCUCUACGGCAACGUCUUCUCGCAGACGACAAUAUGCAGGUUCGAAGCUCUACAGUUGAGCUUCAAAAAUAUGUGUAAGCUGAAGCCGCUGCUGCAGAAGUGGCUCGAGGAGGCGGACUCGACGACCGGCUCGCCGACGAGCAUCGACAAAAUCGCCGCUCAAGGCAGGAAGCGGAAGAAGAGAACGUCGAUAGAGGUAUCGGUAAAGGGCGCGCUCGAACAACACUUCCACAAGCAGCCUAAACCUUCGGCUCAGGAAAUCACCUCGCUGGCGGAUUCGUUGCAGCUUGAGAAAGAGGUCGUCAGGGUGUGGUUCUGCAAUCGACGGCAGAAAGAGAAGAGGAUGACGCCGCCUAACACGCUAGGCGACGGUAUCAUGGAGGGCAUGCCACCGGGACAUCAAAGCCAGAGCGGCCUCCAUCAAAGUUAUCAUCCUCAGGAUCACCUGCACGGCUCGCCUAUGGGCCACAGCCACAGUCCGCCGAUGCUCAGCCCUCAGGCCCUCACGGCCCACUCGCUUGCUGCUCACUAGCGUUCGCCGGGGCCUCCCCCGUUGGGCCUCGCGGUAACCUCGCAAAAUUCGACGAACGUGUCGUCGACGGCGGAGACAACGACUCUGCCGCCGUUCUAUCAUCACUACCUUCAGGCGCGCACCGGCAGUUACACGACUUCGUAGCUGAUCGACUCGCGGCGCCCUUUCUGUCUGCCGGACGGCGCUCGUUACCGGAACGAAGGUACCGAAUGGUGGCUCGUUCGACGAGGUUCAACGGGGCUUAACGAGGCCGAGACCGGUCCAUUGGGGAGGCUGAGAAGCUGACGCGCCCGAUCGCCGAUCUUUUUUCGACCUUGACCGCGCUCACAAACCCGAAGAGAGAAUGAAAUAUUGAAGAAACAGAGGACAUGUCGUCGUAAAAUGUUGCAGCUGUCAACAAAGCAUCGAUGGCCAUCCUGUGUUCAAGUUCAUUAGGAUAUCUAAAAGUCGUCAAAAGUAUCUUUUUCGCCGUCUUCAACUCGCGAUAACGGCUGUUUCUCUCCAUCGACAAAGUGACUCGACGACCAAAGAAGAUCCAAUGUCGUUCUCUCGAAGAAUACCACUGUGGAUAGCCGUGGUGAUUACUCCUCUUCCGCGCCAGCCAGGUCGAGACCCGUUCGUCCGUUCGUGGAGCCGAUUCGCAGAUCUUGUUGGCUGUUUGCUGUUGUUUGUUAUUGUUGUUUCGUCAUCGUCGGUGAACGGAAGUGGUUGCCGACGGAAAUCCAAGAAGGGAUAGUUUAAAAACAGAGUGCGCGGAGUGGACUUCGACGAGAGUGCAGACGAAAAGAAUCGAGGUGUUUCUUCUCUCUCUCGUUCGCGAGAAGAUUCGAUUAUCGGACACGCAACAUGCAUCGCAAGGGUGUUUUUCCCUUGUUUUCUUUCACGAAGAAAUCUUGAAAUUCGCAAAUCGGACGGACGAACGGGCGUCAAGAAAAGAGCGUACGUAAGGGACGAAUGCUGUGUUCGCGCGGGAUUUGCUCGGUGCAAACCUGGCGGAUGAUGUAACAUAAGUAAAUAUGGACUGUAAAUAAUGUACUAGAUAAAGCUAGUAAGUUAAGUGAGAGAAAGAGAGAGAGAGAGAGAGUAUGAGUUUUAUUGUCGUCGUCGUCGUCGUUGUCGUCAUCGUCGUUGUCGGCGAGCGAGAACGUUCGAAAAAACUAGACGCGGGAGCUGGAAUAAAUGGAGGAAAGAGAUGAAGAGACACGAAGGAAGAAAGAAAGAGAGAGAAAAAAAAA